AUGGGUGCCUGGGGAUAUGGACUCUUCAUGUCUGAUCAAGACGCAGACAUCGCGAGUGACCUAGCCAGCGAGGUGGGCCUCACUGCACUCGAGAAGCGUGAUGCAGACGCCGCGGUUGCCGAAGGCAAGAAGGUUGUUUUAUUUCCAGACAUGAAGUCCAAGGGAAACCAGGACGAGAUCGAAUUCAACUAUGCUCUCGGGGCAGGCAGAUGCUCCCAUCCCGACAAGGUGCGCGAAUAUCUCGACAAUGGACCGCUCGAGGAGUACUUCACCAAGCACAAGCAGGCCAUGCUCAGCGGCAAAGACGGCUACUACGGCCAAGGAUACAAGUGUCUCAUCCUCGCCGCCUGCGCCAUGACUCUGGGCUGCAAGUUUCGCCCGGACAUCCGUGAGUUGAUCAAGAAGACCUACACCCGCAACCAGCUCCCACCCGGGUCAGAUGAACAGAUGGAGGCAGCCCUCGUCGGACCACCGAGCACGCUGUACAAGUCAGGCGAGCCGCACACCUUCAUCGACGGCGAUACGAAGCACCAGCAGCCCAAGGAGCCAACCGCUGGCGGCUUCAUCAUGAUGAACGUCCCUAUCGGUGGCUUUUUCGGCGUCCCGAAGCGUAAGGACGCCCGUCGCUGGGAUGUCAAGGCUGUCGUGGCAAUGGACAAGGCGUUGGCGGCGAAAGGAGCAUUCGGCAUGGAUCGCUGCGCUGGAUGUGGGUGCAAGCACGGUGAAGCCGGAACUGAGUCUGCGCUGUCGGCGUGUGGGAGGUGCAAGUUCUCGCGGUACUGUGGCAAGGAGUGUCAGAAGCAGCACUACAAGCUUCACAAGGAGUUCUGCAAGUCUUCCACAGCCGAGGAGAAGGAUGUGGCCAUGGGCGACGCCGAGAACAUCGAGAAGGAGGUCGACGAGGAUGGUGAGCAGGAGGCCGAGAAGGCGUGA